AUGCUGGAGAAGAAACUAAGCCGAAGCCAGGAGGAUUGGAAGUAUUUCCCUCAGCCACCAUAUCCAUUAAACCUACUCCAGCAACCAUAUCCUAAAGGCUACAAAGCACCAAACUUUAUUCUCUUCGACGGAAGGAAGGGAAGCCCGAAAGAGCAUGUCAACCGCUUCAUCGAUGCUUUGGGAUCACAUGCUGGUGAUUGUAAUCUCCGACUUAGAGAAUUUUCGAAAAGCCUUAUCGAUCGUGCUUACACAUGGUAUACGACGUUGGCACCAGGCACUGUUCGUUCUUGGGAAGAUUUAGCAAACAGGUUCUGUAAGAAGUAUUUCCAGCAUGAAGAAAGAGUUACUAUCAUUCAACUCAACAACACUCGCCAAAAAUAUGGAGAGGAUCCCGUGGACUUUGUGCACAGGUUCCGGGACCUAGCAUUGGAUUGCUACGAUGAGAAAGAUGAGGAGGCGCUUGUCGAAAUUUGCAUCAGCAAUAUUGUGGCAGAUUAUAGAGUCUAUUUGGAGAAUAUUGGCAUCAGCCAAUUUUCUCGGCUGCUGGAAGCAGUGAGGAAAACAAGCAUUUCAGUUAAGCUAACUGAGCAGGAAGCUUGGAGGAGUGAAGAAGAAGAGCGCCACUUGGGGGCUUCAUUUGGUCAGCAAGAUUAUCAAAAGACAGCUGUCGUAACCUCUCAUAAGAGCCGCAAAUCACUCUAUGAUUAG